AUGGUUUCAGAAGUCACUGCUGCAGGGGAUGCAGCAGUGAAAGCUGUAUUGGGUGAGGAGCGCUUUGCAACGGUUCAGAACUCCAAGUUGCUGGUUGUGGGUGCUGGUGGGAUUGGCUGCGAGCUUCUCAAGAACCUGGUCCUGACAGGCUUUCGAAACAUUGAAGUAGUUGAUCUUGACACAAUUGACGUCUCGAAUUUGAACAGGCAGUUCCUUUUCAGAAGGAUCCAUGUUGAUCGACCCAAGUCUGUGGUUGCAGCGGAAGCAGUCCGGCAGUUUCGCCCCGAAGCUGAGAUCAUCUCGCACCAUGGGAAUGUCAAGGACGCAGAGUUUGGUUUGGAGUUCAUUGCCAAGUUUGACGUAGUGGUUAAUGCCCUGGACAACCUGGAAGCUCGCCGCCAUGUGAAUCGCCUUUGCUUAGCUGCUGAAAAGCCAUUGCUCGAGGCUGGUAGCACCGGCCACCUGGGCCAGGUGACGGUGAUUCGCAAGGGGGACACCGAAUGCUUCGAAUGUCAAGCCAAGCCCAGCCAGAAGGUCUAUCCAUAUUGCACCAUUCGGUCCACACCAGAAAAGCCCGUGCAUUGUCUCACUUGGGCGAAGAACCUGUUCGACCUGUGCUUUGGUCCAGAAGAUGAGUCAAAUCUUUUGGCAGACUUGGCAGCAGACAUGAGAAAGUUUCAAGCGCAAGAGUCUGUCGAUGGCGAAGAUGCCGGAAAGCGCAUUUUUGCGCACUUGUUUGAGGAGGACAUCAGAAAGCAGGCAGAGCUUGAAGAUCUCUGGUCAGAUCAGCGUCCUCCCCCAGGUCCUUUGAGCUACGAGGAAGCAUUGAAGAAGAAUGAGUGCCCAACAGAUGCUGACAAGGACAAGCUUGAAACGCAGAAAGUUCCAAGUGUUGCUGGUGAUGCCAAAGGCUUCGUGGCCAGUGUGGCCAAGAUGUAUGGUGAGAGAAGAGACCUCAUUGGUCAGAGUUCUUUCAGCAAAGAUGAUCCAAUUGCCAUGGACUUUGUGCAUUGCGCUGCAAAUCUCCGAAUGCAAAAUUAUCGUAUUCCCCGACUAUCUCGAUGGGAUGCUCAGUCCAUUGCCGGCUCCAUCAUACCUGCUGUGGCGAGCACAAAUGCAAUCGUGGCAGGACUUGAGGUUGUUCAGCUUCUUCACGUGCUUCAAAGUCUUGGCAAGCCCAUGAAAGAGAGCCGAGCUCGGACUGUUUGGGUUCGAUUUCCAGAACCUUCGCGGAAAAAGAUCCUGCAGCCAAGUUCGCUGCAUUCACCGAAUCCUGAUUGCUUUGUUUGUGGUUCCAGGACAGCCCGUGUGGCUUUGAGGAGCUUGGAGGAUUGCAAAAUUGCAGCCUUGGCCAAGGGCUGCAUCCAGGGCCAGCUGGGUGCCCACAAGCCAGCGCUGUACGCAAAUGGUUCUUGUAUUUUUGAUCCGGAGUAUCCAGAGCCUGGUCCUGAGGCUGAAGAGGAGGGUUUGCAUCCAGAUUGGUCAUUGGCGCAAUGGGGGUUGAGCAGUGGUUCUUUGUUGCAGGUGGAGGAUGAAGGGCAGGGGUGGUCGAUCAACUUAGCAAUCCGCGAGGAACCUGAUUUGGACGAACAGCCAUUUCCUGGAGGAUUCAAGGUAGAAGCAGGUGCUGGUGCAGGCGAGGAAGCAGCGAAGGACCUGGCAGAAAAGAAACGCAAGGCAGAAGCAGAUGCACAGGAAGCUUCAGCUGCCAAGAAGGCAGCGCUGGAUGCGAAUACGGUGGCCCUGGACGAUUGA